AUGCCCAGAAGAACAUCCGCAGACCACCGCAAUGUCGUCGCUGUCAUCGGUACCACAGGCGUCGGCAAGUCACAGCUCGCGGUAUCCCUCGCUCAGUCUCAUCAGCGCUUCAGCAAAGGCCAUUCGGCGGCAGUGGUGCUGUCCGCAGACUCUAUGCAGCUCUACAAAGGCCUUGAUGUCAUCACCAACAAAGUCACAAAGGAAGAGAUGGGAGGCGUGGAGCACUGGGGCUUGGACGUGGUCAGUCCAGCCGCGGGCCGGAGUUGGGAAGUCGGCAAAUGGUGCAAUGAAGCGGACCAGGAGAUAGCCAAUAUGCCGCUUGAAACUUUGCCGAUCGUUUGCGGAGGCACCCAUUACUUCAUUCAGCACUUUCUCUUUCCCCCACCAGAGCUCUCCUUCAGCCGAGAAGACUCGGAUGGACAAGGGCGCCCGCUAGAAAUCAGAUGGUUUCCCCCUGGACCGACGCCACCUACACCCGAAAACCUGACCCCUGCCUUGAAACGCCUUCUCGAAUCAUUCUGGCUGCCAGAUCCCGUCUGGCCUUCGGCAGAGCUGGAAACGCCUUCCUCACCAUCCACCAAAGCUGAAUCCUCAAAGUCUAGCCGACCGACAGUGCAAGACGAAUACAACCUUCUGAGCUUGUUUCGUCUACUAGAGGCUGUGGACCCGACUGAAGCAGGACGAUGGCAUUGGAAAGAUGGGCGAAAAGUGCGGAGGGGUUUGGAAAGGUGGUGGGAGCGCGGAGGUCGGGUAAACCAGAAAAACACUGACGUUUUGGAGAGCGAGGCGAGGCCUCCUGGUAAAGAUGGGAGACACGCCAAGUUCAGAACUCUCAUAUUUUGGGUCUAUGAACCUCUGGUAUCACUACGGCCAAGGCUCGACAAACGCGUUGACAAGAUGCUCGAGAAUGGUCUACUACAAGAGAUCGAAGAAUUGCGGGGAAUUGCAGCCGAGCUGUUUGGCAGCGACAACCCUGUCGAUCAUACGGAGGGGAUCUUUCAGUCUAUUGGCAAGUCGCGGUCUCGGUUGCAAACGACAAUAUACUCACAGAAGUCUUGUCAGGAUACAAAGAACCCUCAGAGUCACCCUCUCUUCCCAGCCAUGCUCGAGAGGACCAAGAUAUCCACCCAUCAGUACGCCAAAUCACAGAUAAGCUGGAUCAAGAAGCAACUGCUGCCAGCCGUGCGCGAGGCCCGGUCCCUGGGUGGACAGGUCGAAGUGUAUGUUGUGCCUGGCGGAGAAAAAGGGGAGAAACCUGCCGUGGAUGUUCUGAGUCGAUUCUUGAAGGAAGAACACCUCCCGGAUGCAAGCGCAAUCGGCCACCCGGAUGCGGGUGAGCUUCGUCAAAGCCUCAAUGCGCGAAAGUUUUGCGAUAUCUGUUCCACUCCAAACCAACCUUAUUCCGUCAUCGUUCGCGACUGGGACGCGCAUCUGAAGUCCAAGAUACAUAAUCGCAAUUCGCGAUCGUAUGACAAGUCUGACAGAGAAGCCUGGAUAGCUGAGCAGAGGGCGAAAGCCGAGCAAAGAAGGGCAGAGAAGGAGAGAUCAAGAGAAGAGUCGGUACAGCAGCAGGAAGAAGUCUAG